UUCAUUAAUCCAUUUCGUUUGAGCUUUCACAUCGGUGGCUGGGUUCUGAGAAGGGAACUGUGUCAUGUGUUGCAUCCUGUAUUUAACAAAAAAAAAAACAACAGGAAGUUCUGGGAUUGCUAGCCAGAAAAAAAGGCUGUUUUUAGAGAGAGGAAACUAAAGACAUUAAAAGAGCCAUGACGGGAGAGUGCAUAGUUUUCUUAUAAUCAAAACCAUGAGCAGGCAGUUAGAAAAAGUUCCAUCCAGCUGAGAGAAGGGGCUGAUGUGAAGGGAACACAGACUGGACUUGAACAAGAAAAUCUGGAAGGUUUAUUUCAUGAACUGCAUCUCAGCGCCAGCUGCUCCUGUGUCACCUGAAAACCCAUUCAGGAAAACUUCACAUUUCUUCAUGAAAAUUUGCUGCCAAAAGAAUUCAUACUUUUUUCAGAGAUGAUGAUACAAGAACAUAUCUGGAUAAUUUCUCUUGUAAUUGUGACCUCGGCCACUGGCCCUGGGGACAAUGAUCAGCAGGCUUCUUCAGAACAAAAAGGGACCAAAUAUUGGACUUGUGUUUGUAAUGAUACUAGCUGCUCUGGGGAAACUUGUGUUGGAAGGGUAUGCUAUGUGACUGAAAGUUAUUUGACUGAAUCUGAAGGCAUUGUCAUCACAAAGGGAUGUUACAAUAACAGCAUAAAUGAGCGUUGCUCUUCCAAAAUGAAAAAUCUAAUUGAAUUUUGCUGUGAGUCGGACUUUUGCAACAAAGACAAAGACAAAGUACUGGAACUAGAUCCCAAACACUCAGUGGGUACACUACUUCUAGUGACAGUCCUCCCCUCAGUCAUCUUUGUUGUCAUCGUGUUCCUUGUCAUAGCCUGGACUUGGAAAGUAAAAGUACACAGAAGAAACAGACUGUUGGCAAGGCCCAAUGACUUUGACGAUGCAGAUUUGCUUAAAGCUUCAGUUGUUGGUGACAGCACAGUGGGGGAAUUUCUGGAUGAGUAUUGCACAACUGGCAGCGGCUCAGGACUUCCGUUCCUUGUGCAGAGAACUGUAGCUCGCCAAAUUACACUGGUGGAAUGUGUAGGCAAAGGUCGAUAUGGAGAGGUGUGGAGAGGCACAUGGCAGGGAGAAAACGUGGCUGUGAAAAUCUUUUCUUCCCGAGAUGAGCAAUCAUGGUUUCGAGAGACUGAAAUCUACAAUACAGUUUUGCUGAGACAUGAAAACAUUCUAGGGUUCAUUGCAUCCGACAUGACUUCUAGAAACUCCAGCACCCAGUUAUGGCUGAUCACUCACUAUCAUGAUAAUGGAUCCCUUUACGACUAUCUUCAGAGGACUAGUGUGGAUUCAGAGGGCUGCUUGAAAUUGGCUCUGUCCAUCAUUUGUGGCUUGGUGCACCUACAUGUAGAAAUUUUUGGUACCCAAGGCAAAGCCGCCAUUGCACAUAGAGACCUAAAGAGUAGAAACAUUCUUGUGAAAGCCAAUAAACAGUGCUGCAUUGCAGAUUUAGGCCUGGCAGUUAUGCAUUCUCAGAGCGGUGAUUACCUGGAUAUUGGUAACAACCCACGGGUUGGCACCAAGCGUUACAUGGCACCAGAAGUCCUCGAUGAAACCAUACACACAGAUUCAUUUGAGUCAUACAAACAAACAGACUUAUGGGCUUAUGGACUGGUUUUAUGGGAAAUAUGCAGAAGAACUGUUGUAAAUGGUAUGGUGGAAGAUUACAGGCCUCCUUUUUUUGAUGUUGUUCCACAUGACCCAAGCUUUGAAGAUAUGAAGAAAGUUGUCUGCAUUGACCAACAGAGACCAAAUAUACCUAACACAUGGAGUUCAGACAAUAUUUUGUCUGCCAUGGCAAAGACCAUGAGGGAAUGCUGGUACCAGAGUCCAUCAGCCCGACUAACUGCUUUGAGGAUCAAAAAGACUCUAAACAAGUUGAGAAGUUCCCUGGAUCAAACAAAGCAAGAAUUCUGAAAAGGCAAUGCCGAGUGACAUAUUAGUAAGAGACCCCAGAGUAAAAACUCUGAAGGACCCAAGCACCCCUAAAUGUUCAGGAACAUGAUCUGUUUUGCACAUGUUUAUAUAUAGCCAUGUGAAUGUGUUACAUAAAUGAACAUAGGAUCCAUACUUGCACAAUUUGGGCUUAGGAGCAACAAGGCAGACGUUGUUGAAAUGUGGUUGAGAUUUUCUUCAAAGCAACGUCAGUGACAAAAUACACAUAAUCAGAAGUUACAGGUAUCCACAGCAAAUUUAAGGACCCCAAAAAUUCACAAACAUACUGUAAGUUGUACGGAGCCACAUAUUUAAGGGGUUAUUAUUUUCAGGAGUGCUGGAGGUUUGCUGUUCCCUGUUAUUUUUUUUUAGGUCCACCCCUGUUGUGAAGAGGGGUGAUUGAAAAAAAUUUGCGGGGUGGGGCUGGGUCCUUCGAAGCUACAUCCUUGAUUUAGAUCCAAUCUUGGGUCAGGAAAGUGUGUUUAGCUAAGAAUAAAAAUGUGUCAAAUGUGCAGAAUGUGUUCAAAUGGCAAAACACCAAAUAACUCUAUGACGUGUUAGAGCUUAGAGGCAGCACUGAGACGUAACAUCUCUCAGAAUCAUUAAUGCAAAUCGAAAGUGAGAAUUUAAGAUUAUUUCCAUGCUGCAGCAAAUCAUUGCAUACCUCUCAACUGUCCUGUUUUGAGCAGGACAGUCCCGAUUUUGACAGCUCAACCUGCAGUCCCAGAUUGUU